AUGUCGAAACGAGGACGCGGUGGUGCCUCUGGCAACAAAUUGAAAAUGACCCUGGGAUUGCCUGUCGGAGCGGUAAUCAACUGCGCAGACAACUCCGGCGCACGAAAUCUCUACAUCAUCAGCGUGAAGGGCAUCGGCGCCCGGUUGAACCGUCUCCCAGCUGCAGGUGUGGGUGAUAUGGUUAUGUGCACAGUGAAGAAAGGCAAACCAGAACUCCGCAAGAAAGUGCACCCCGGUGUCGUGGUCAGGCAGAGCAAGCCGUGGAGAAGAGCUGAUGGGGUGUAUCUAUAUUUUGAGGAUAAUGCUGGUGUGAUCGUGAAUCCCAAAGGCGAAAUGAAAGGCUCUGCCAUUACGGGGCCCGUGGGGAAGGAGGCAGCGGAGCUGUGGCCCAGAAUUGCUAGUAAUUCGGGUGUGGUGAUGUGA